CGUCCGGCUCUUAUGAUAAGACCGUGCGGCUCUGGGACACGGCGACAGGCGGUCUACAGCAGACGCUCGAGGGCCAUUCGAACGCAGUUGUUUCGGUAGCCUUCUCGCCCGAUGGCCGGCUGCUGGCGUCCGGCUCUUCUGAUGAGACUGUGCGGCUCUGGGACACGGCGAUGGGCGGUCUACGGCAGACCUUGAACGCCACGGGAAUGGUCACCAAACUCGAAUUUUCUCAAGAUGGUUCAUAUCUAAUCACCAACUUAGGCACCUUCGAUCUUCAGUUCGGGCUCCAACAGCAUGCUUCUAGUUCAACCCAUGAGUGUCUGGUGGUUUUUAUCGAGCAAGGACUGUGGAUAAACCUGAACGGCAAAACUGCAUUAUGGCUUCCUCCUGACUUUCGGCCCACCUGUUUUGCGGUUAAUGGGGACCUCCUUGUCUUGGGACACGCAUCAGGGCAGGUUUCUUUCCUACGAUUUUGCCUACAGUAG